GAAACAUGCCACCUGAAAGAAGACGAGGACCUUACAAGAGGUACCUAAAAAAUCCUGACUUGACUGUGCCUCAACGAACCUUGUGGUGGAGGAGACAUUUUCAAGCUGCAGUUCGGGAUGAUCAACUUGACGUCAACGAUGAGUUCGAGAACCAGGUCCAUGACCUAGAUGAGCACGAGCACCAGGAACAAGGAAAUGGAACUGAUGGACCGGAUGAUGAUUCUUCUUCAGCCAGUAGCAUGAGUAGUUCCUCUGCUGGAGAACCUGCCAAUGAUUCUGGUGAGGAAAUGGAAGAAGCUUUUCAAAAUAAUGACUAUUUACAAGCUAUUGAUUUGUCUGAGUCUUCAGACGAAAGUGACAGUGACAGUGAAAUGGAAGACCGUAACCAUUCUGAUUCGGACAAUGAAAGUGAACAAUCCGAUGCAAGCAACCAUGAAAAUAUUCCUCCUGUUGAAAACCAUAAUCAACACCAUCAAGAUGCUAUUGCACCAAAUGAAGAUGAAAAUAAUGAGGUUGUUCGAGGCCCACCACUUUUCCAAGGUUGCCCAUUGGAUCGUGCUGAAAGUGACAUUCUACUUAUGUCUUUUGUGUUGAGAUGGGGCUUGGAAGAAAAGGGUGUUGCUGAUCUGCUUAGUCUCAUAGAUAGUUACCUCCCAUGUUCUGUGAUGGGAUCUUCGUAUCUAUUUUUUAAGAGAUUCCCCAUUCAUGAUCUAAGUAAUGUACGGUACACUUGCUCUGAGUGCUUUGCCUUUUUGCCCAGGGAGUUUGAACCUGAUGUGUCGUGUGAAAAUUGUGGAAGUCAAAUGGUGAAGAAAACUCUGAAAAAAAAAAAAGAGUUACUUUGUUGAGCUUUCAAUCACUGAACAAGUAAAACGGAUUAUGGAGGAUGAAGCUUUGUUUCCCCUUUUAAGGCGACAGGGAGGGGUAAAUGAUGUAGUGGCAGAUAUUAUCAAAAGCUGAUAGCAAACAAUGUGCUUGGUCCAAAUGAUAUAACUUUACAAUGGAAUACAGAUGGGUUGAGUCCUUAUGAAGGAUCAAAAGUGCAGGUGUAUCCAAUCCAAGCUCGCAUUAAUGAAUUGCCCUA